GUGUGUCUGAACCAAUCGGAGUGGCUGUUAUUGAGUGGUGAGAAAAGGCGCCGAAAGGCGUUUCCAGGGUAACGGUCCUCGCCUCGGGGGAGAGUUUGGCUGUUUGUAGGUGUAGAAAUUAUAACUUAUAAAACACGGUUAUACACCAUCACUGUAAAAGAUGGCUUAUUAUUGCCCAACUAAAUUUGUGAAAAAUCAAGAGAGCCUACCUUUGGAAAAUGAGAUUGAUGAUAAAUCAGUGUUUGCACAUUUUCUUCAAAAAUUGGAAAAAGAAAAGUCAAUAUUGACCAGAUUGAGAUCUGAUGAAAUGGCACCAAUGAAGCGCUUCCAAAGGAUAAUAAAUGAUAUAGAACAGGAGAAACUGAUGGAAGAAGCAAUUAUAAAGGCAGAAAAAAGAAAACUAUUGAAGGCAAAACAACUAGAACAAGAGGAGAGAAUUGCUAAGGAACUAGAAAGAAUAAAGUAUGAAAAACUAAAAGAUGAAAAAUUGAGACAGCAAGUCAGAGAAAACAGCAUUGAGCUUCGUGAUUUGGAAGCCAAGUUGAAGGCUGCUUAUGUGAACAAAGAAAGAGCUGUCCAGAUAGCUGAAAAAGAAGCAAAUCGUUUAGAAAAGAUUAAACGAGAGGCUGAGAUUGCAAAAUUGAUGAAGGAAGAGCAUGAAAAAGCCACCACAGAGGAGUUGAAGGAGGAACAGAAACGCCAUGAAAAAGCUGUAAAGUAUCAGAAGGACCUCGAACAGCAACUUGAUCAAAAUGAACAAAAGAGACAGGAAGCAUAUGAUGAAUUCCUAAAAGAUAAACUGAGAGUUGAUGAAAUCGUAAGAAAGAUCUAUGAAGAAGAUCAGAGGGACAGACAGCUGAAGAUGGAAAAGAGGAGGGAAACUCAGAAGUACAUUGAGGAAUUCCAGAAGCAACGAGCUGAAUGGAAACAAAUGGAACGUGAAAGAAUGGAAGCAGAGAACAGAAAAGUUAAGGAGUUCGCUAAUGCACAACAAAACAGGGAGGCUGACCGAAUGGCCAAAGUUCGAGAACGAGACGAACAGAAAAAUAUGUUGUACAAAAAGCUUGCUGCUGAAAUUGAGAAAGAACGGCAUGAACGUGAAGAACUCGAGAAUGUCCGACAAGAACUGUACCUUGAAAAAGCAGAAGAGGCUCGCAGGCAGCAAGCAAUAGCAGACAGGGAGAAGCAAAUUCAUCAGCGUCUUGAAUUGCAGCAGACCUACCAAGACCAAAUGGCUUUCAAACAGAAGCGUAUACAGGCAGAGAAAGAAGAAGAAGAUGAAUUACGAAGGAAGAUGAUGGCUAAACUUGCAGAGGAUGACCGUAUUGAACAGAUGAAUGAACAGAAAAGACGUAUGAAACAGCUUGAGCAUAAGAAAGCUGUGGAGAAAAUGAUUGAAGAUCGACGCAAACAAUUUGAAGCAAACCAACAACGGGAACUUGAAAGACAGUAUGAAGAAGAGAGGAAGAAGGCAGCUCUCCAAGUCAUAAUUGAAGAAGAAAGGCAGAAACUUCUCAAAGACCAUGCCAGCAAACUUUUAGGUUACCUUCCAAAGGGGGUAUUUAGAGAUGAACAAGAGCUCGAAUUAUUUGAUGAAACCUUCAGAGAAAAUUUCAAGAAAGGAAGUGCUAAUUUAUCAUCAGACGAAGGCUGGGAUUGUUAGACUUAUGGGUAUACGUCAUGUCAAGCUUUGUCCAGAACAUCACUGUGCUAGCCAGUACAGUUACUUUUGAGUCAUAAAUUUAUAUUGAUCUCUAUUUAUAAUUGUCAAAAAUAUAACUGGAAUGAUUGUUAAUGAAAUUAUAUAAAUAAAUAAGUUGGAACUGCUGUGAAAUUGUUCAUCUCUAUGGAGAAAAUCUAUUAUGAAGACUAAUGGAAUAUAGAUUAGUGAAUUUUGCUAAACUUGGUCAUCAGAUCAGCAAUUUCUGAAAUCUACGGAUUUUCAUAAAAUUUGAGUCUUUCAAUUUAACAGUCUUCUAUAGUACUUCAUGUCCUGUAUUAAUGCUUCUGUUUUCAUUGGUGAAUUGGUAGCAUUUGCAAACUUACCGUAGUGAAAUAAAUUUAAGAAAUAGACAAUGAAGGAAUAAUUAAUGGAGGGUCGUGGAAUAGUUAGGGUAGAUAAUACAUUACCUCCCAUGUGGGCCUCCUUCUUUCGAUGAUUUACAUCUUUUCAAUAUCUUCGAUGUUGUUUAGUUAGUUUCACAUGUGUAGCAAGCAUAGAAAUGUUGAGGUUAAAGAAUGGCCUUGUGGCCCACAUCACAUACAGACCAAUAUAUGUUAAACUGUUAAAGUUAACUUUAAGCAGAAGAAAUGAGGAAUUUUAACUCUCAAAUUCCAAUGGAUCUACAAGACCUGUGUGGAUGGGAGAUGGAUCGUGAUUGUGGCACAUCCAUAUCGUUCAAGGAAUGAUAGAAGCUGCUUAAAGUAGAUGAUCAGUAUUAAGCAUCUUCCACACAUUUCAUGAAAGCAUUACAAGUUUGAAAGAAGGGCAAUAAAGCAAGCUGCCUAGAGAGGUCCUCCCUGAAGUGAUCAGUGAAUUUAUGAGAAUUACUGUAUGGUGCUGAUAAUACAGAACCAUCAUGUGCCUAGGGAGUUAUCUAGUUAGAGUUGUGUGAACCUGUGCAUAAAUGUGCUAAAUAUGUACAAAACUCAAGCUGUUUCAAGAGUGCUUCUGGUGCCCUGAAUACUAUGAUCAUGAUUUACUCAUGCUUGACCUACUUAGGAACAGUGUUCCUUUGCAUUGUGAUGCCAGAUAGCAAUUUGAUUUUUUUAUAUUAAAGUUGUCCAAUGUGUUUCUUUCUCUCUGCCCUUCAGUCAGCAGUUUGUACAUAAAGGUCUGCCUGAAAAUCUGACAGAAGAGUUAUUCAUAAAGUGUUUAUGGACUAGUUAUUCUAGGAAUUUAACUCCUUUGUAGAAAACAUCGUGGUGCUCUGGAGUAACAAGUCCAAAGCCAAACCUGUUAUGUGCAAGUGAAGGGAAUUCUAACAUGAAUGAGUUUCUCUCUUACUUCACCUAUGUAUUUGCCUUUAAAUCAUUCUCAACGAUAGAAGGUAAUGAUAUUCAAAUUGGUUCUAGUUCUAGAAAAACAGACUUCCUAAAUCUCAACUGUUCUUCAAAGUCACCUUCAGCAUGGACUGUAGAACAUAACAAUAGAUGUUUCUGAAAACAGUGACGUAGACCAUUCAUCCAGCUCUCUUUCAAAUAUGCUGUAAUAGUCAAAGUUGUUGAAGUAAGCCAAGGAUGGGUUCAGGAAGAGAUUUCUGGUUGACCUGUCCUUUUCAGGGUUUUUCUGCAAGGUAAUGGUGAGAAGUAUAGUCUCAUCAAGCAGAAUUCAAAGUUAAACUUGAGGUUCUGUUGUGAACUAAUAAUUGGCUGAGAGUAUAUCAACUAAUAUUGAAAGACUGUUGUGGUGCAGUGGUAGUCUCCCUACCCCUGGACCAGGAGGCUCAGAUUCAAGUCCCACUUGGUCCAGAGGUGUGUAAUAAUGUCUCUGAACAGGUUGAUUAGAAAAAUAGGUGAAAUUUAAAAAAAAAAACAAUUAAUAUUGACCAUGGGACAAUUCUUAUAUUCAAAACAGAUUAGGGCCAGUUUCACCUGAGACAGAUAUGACAAACUUUAAGUCAUUUCAAAUGGCCAGUUUAGUCUCUCUCUUAAGAAUAACAAUGUCAGGAUGUAUAAUAAGAACAUAUUAGAGGGAUUGGACACACAAUCAAAUACUAGUUAUACUGAAAUCCUAGAUAUAAUUGUUCAUUCGAUAAAAUGGAAUGAACAUCACUUAAUCACUGGGUCAAUUUUCACAGAUCUGUCCUUUAAAUGUUCGUGUCUUUAUAGUGAAGGUGAUGAAGAUUAUACUGAUGUAUCUUGGUAUUUGAUAUUCUAUUCAAAUUUUCUAUAUUAUUUUGCCACUGACCCUAUUUGGCAGUUGCUGUUUACAGAUGCUUUGAAUUCAGGAAAACUGUUUCAAGAUCAGCUUUUAGAUUACAUGUGGAGAAAUGAAAGCCACUGUUUGUCUCUGGGGAAUGACCACUAAUGAAAACUAAAACAAAUCAUCAAAAGUAAUCUAUUUAUAUUUUAAAAAUUCUGCUACACAAUUGAUUUUUCAAGCUUCAAGAUGUAGGAUAUGCUCGAAACUAAUUAUGAAAAUAUAUGUAGGAUCUUUGUGGUCUGUGACUUAAAUGGAAAGGAGAAAACAAGAUUAUAAGAAUAAAAGCAAUAACUAUCCUCCUGGUGCAAUGAAUUAACAAGAGAUAACAAUUAAAUAAUAAUAAUAAUAAUUAAAGAUAACAAUUAUAUCUUUAUUCUUUUGCUACCAGUUUACAAAAUGUUUUAGUAGGAUGGAUGUAAAUACUGAACUUAAUGAGAAAAAGAUCAAAUGUAAUAGCAACAACAAUUGUGUUUUGCGACAUUGAGAUGUGUUACAACUGUCAGUUUCCCCAUUCCAAUGCUUUAAUAAAUUCCUCUUCAGUGAAGGAGAGCAUUUUAGCAGCUUCCAUAUGCAUCUAAAAAAAAAGCAAGGGCAAGUUUGUAAUCUUUGCAUUUAUAUAUUACCUUUCAAUCACCAAAUUAUUUUGGGUGCCAAUUAAAUAACAAUCCCUGAUCUCAAA